AUGAAGCCUCAGACUGCUGCUUUCCUUCUCGGCCUUCUCGGUUCUACCCUGGCUGCGCCCAUUCAGAACGCCGACAAAGGUUCCGACGUAAAGCCCACCCCUACUGGACAGCGCGCUCCUGGCGGAUUCCUCACUGGCCUCCCCUCCGGCAUGCCUUCCGGUUUCCCCGGAGGUCCCAUGAUGACUGGGGGAUUCGGUGGCGAAGGCCAGAAUGGUGGUUCGUUCCCCAGCGGUGCUAUGCCCUCCGGCGCUGUUCCAACUGGCGCUGCUCCCUCCGGCUUCCCUUCAUUCGGUACCGGUCCCGCUCCCUCCGGCGCUCCCCAGGGUGAGGGAGACAGCAGCUCCUUCGGCGGCCAAGGUGUUCACGCCCGCUCUCCCCAGGACUCUGAGGGCUCAGGCGCGGCUCCUUCUGGUGCUGCUCCGUCUGGAGCCAUGCCCACCGGCGCUGCUCCCUCGGGCUCAGCUGGUGGCUUUGGCGGCUUCGGACAGGAAUCUCAGAACUCCGGCAACGCCAAGUUCCAGGCCUCUGGCACCUCGCCUUUUGGUGCUUCCCAUUCCGGAUCGGCAAGCGGUCGUCAUGGUGGUCACCGCGGUCACAGCAAGGGUUCUGGGGCCUCUCCUUCCGGCGCUGCUCCCUCUGGUACCGCUCCUUCUGGUGCCGCUCCCUCUGGCGUCGCGGGAGGUUUCGGUGGCUCUGGACAAGGUGGCCAGGGCUCCGGCCCGUCUCCUACUGGCGCUGUUCCUUCGGGUGCUGCCCCCUCUGGUGCUGCCGGAUUCGGCGGUCAGGGUCAAGGUCAGGAGCAGGGUCAGGGCCAGGGCUCAUCCCCCACCGGCGUCGCUCCAUCUGGCGUUCCCUCUGCUCAGCCUACCGCUUGA